AUGAACCCAGAAACAUUCACACAAAAGACCAAUUCUAUUUUGCUCAAAGCACAAGAAUUGGCAAGAGAAAAAGAGAAUACUCAACUCACUCCCAUACAUCUAUUCGUUGCAUUGAUACAAGAUGAAGAUGCUUUAGCAAAGACAAUCUUUGAAAAGGCUGGUGGAGAUUUCAACAAGAUUGAGCGUGCUGCUCUUAGAGCACUUAGUCAAUUCCCAACUCAACAUCCUCCUCCAAAUGACAUUUCACCAAACAAUUCAUUAGCAAAUAUUUUAAGAACAGCUGUCAAGUUGCAAAAGAAUAAUGGUGAUUCUCAUUUGGCAUUGGAUCAUUUACUUGUUGCAUUAUUGGAAGAUUCAACGGUUUUGUCUAUUUUGGGAGACGCUGGAGCUGGCAAGGAACAGGUAAAGGCUGCUGUCAAGGAGGUUAGAGGUAAUAAGAAGAUUACGUCAGAGUCUGCUGAAUCUACUUAUGAGGCGUUGUCCAAGUAUGGUCAUGAUUUGGUGGCUGACGCACAGUCUGGCAAGUUGGACCCGGUCAUUGGAAGAGACGAUGAGAUUCGUAGAGUCAUUCGUGUAUUGUCGCGUCGUACAAAGAACAAUCCCGUGUUGAUUGGAGAGCCUGGUGUUGGAAAGACGGCAGUGGUCGAGGGAUUGGCCCAACGUAUUGUUCGUGGGGACAUUCCAGACAAUUUGAAUGCACGUGUCAUUUCAUUGGACAUGGGUGCAUUGAUUGCCGGUGCCAAGUAUAGAGGAGAGUUUGAAGAACGUUUAAAGGCGGUGCUCAAGGAAGUCAAGGACAGCAACGGCGGUAUCAUCCUCUUUAUCGACGAGAUCCAUUUGGUGUUGGGUGCUGGAAAGACUGACGGUGCCAUGGACGCUGCCAAUUUGCUCAAACCCAUGUUGGCACGUGGUGAACUGCGUUGUAUUGGUGCUACGACACUCGACGAGUACCGCAAGUACGUCGAAAAGGAUCCAGCAUUCGAGCGUCGUUUCCAACAGGUCCAAGUCGACGAGCCAACCGUCAACGACACCAUCUCUAUCCUCAGAGGUCUAAAGGAGCGUUACGAGACACAUCACGGUGUACGUAUCACCGACACUGCAUUGGUCGUGUCUGCUCAACUCGCCAACCGAUACAUUACCAAUCGUUUCUUGCCAGACAAGGCAAUUGAUCUGCUCGAUGAAGCCUGUGCCAAUAUUCGUGUGCAACUCAACUCGCAACCUGAAGCAAUCGAUCAACUCGAGCGUAGAAAGUUACAAUUACAAGUCGAACAAACCGCCUUGGAAAAGGAAGAGGAUGAUGGCAGCAAGCACCGUCUCGAAACAGUCAAGGAAGAACUCGCAAAGAUUGAAGAUGAACUCCAACCACUCAUGGCACGUUACCAAUCCGAACGUUCACGUGUUGACAAGAGUCGCGACCUCCGAAAGAAAUUGGAAGAUGUGCGUGUCAAACUUCAAGAUGCUGAACGUCGCCAUGAUCUCCAACUCGUUGCCGAUCUCCGUUACUAUGUCAUUCCAGACCUAGAAAAGCAAAUUGAAAGUACAAACAAGGAACGUAAAGAAGCUAAAAAGGAUGACUUGGUCUCAGAAAUUGUUACACCGGAAAACAUUGCCGAAGUGGUUGCCCGUUGGACUGGUAUUCCAGUCUCGAAACUAUCACAAACCGAGCGACAGAGAACACUCCAUCUCGCAGACCACCUCCACCAACGUGUGGUCGGUCAAUACGAAGCUGUGGACGCCGUCGCCGACGCAGUCAUGCGUUCCAAGGCCGGACUGGCCCGUCUCAACCAGCCACUUGGUUCAUUCCUCUUUUUAGGUCCAACCGGUGUCGGAAAGACCGAGUUGGCCAAAGCACUCGCCUAUGAGCUGUUUGACGACGAGAAGCAUAUGGUCCGUAUCGAUAUGUCUGAAUUUAUGGAACAACACAGUGUUGCCCGUCUCAUUGGUGCACCACCAGGCUACGUCGGCUACGACGAAGGUGGUCAAUUAUCGGAAGCAGUCCGUCGCAAACCCUACUCGGUCGUACUCUUUGAUGAAGUUGAAAAGGCACAUCCCCAAGUAUGGAACGUUUUGCUCCAAGUAUUAGACGACGGUCGUUUGACAGAUGGCAAGGGCAAGACUGUCGACUUUAGCAACGUCGUCAUUAUCAUGACAUCCAAUCUCGGCUCGCAAUACCUGUUGGCCGAAGCUCAACUCGAGACCAUCUCGCAACACGUCAAGGACAGUGUCAUGGGUGAAGUCCGCAAGCAUUUCAGACCAGAGUUUCUCAAUCGUCUCGACGACAUGGUCAUCUUUAGUCCACUCUCUAAAAAGAAUCUCGAGUCUAUCGUCACACUCCAGUUGGGUAGCGUCACCAAGCGUCUCGAACAACAAAACAUCUCCAUCAAGGUUGACCUAAAGGCCAUCGACUAUAUCCUCCAACAAGCAUACGAUCCCGUCUAUGGUGCCCGUCCACUCAAGAGAUUCCUCGAAAAGAACAUUGUCACUGAACUCUCCAAGCUCAUUCUCGCUGGUGAAUUGCAUGAAAACUGUCUCGUCACAGUCUCUGAAGCAAAGGGUAAAUUUGACUUUAGAGUUGCCCCAAUCUCUGAACCCUCUCCCAAAAAAGUAAAGAGAUCAAAUCAUAGUGGAACAACAAAAUCAAAUCAUCAAAAUAAUAGAACUGAAAUGGAAAUUGAGUAG